UUCUCGGUCCUCUGGCGCAAGAUAACCAACAAAAAGAACAAAACUUGGGAUGGAGACGGCAUCCUUAUCGUUUCGCAAGGAUAUGCCAACCUUAAAGAUUCGGAUGGAAAGGAUAUUGGCAGGAUCGUAUGCAAAACGCCAUUACUCCCAGGAUCUACACUCAGCAUGAGUGGCAAGGAAAUCGAGAUAGACUCGCGCAUCUCUAGAGAAGAAGCCAGGUCAAUGUUGCCUCAGAAGAAACCACCAAAGCCAACUAUUAUCAAAACCAGCACUGUUACACGACCAUCUGUGCCUCUUGCCCGGACACCACUUAAGCCUGUCCAGGCGCAGACAAAGCCAGUCAGUAUGCUCGGCAAGGCUGCUGCUGCUUUCAAUUCCGCUCCGAAGGCUGAAGCACCGACCCGGCCUGUCAGUAUGCUCACCAAGCCUACUGCCGCAUUCAAAAGUCCAAUGAUCGACAAGACUGGUGUCCCUCUCUCGCGUUCAAGGUCAGAUGGAAAGACUGUUUGUCUUCCUCGUCAUGAUCCUAACGAUCCCAAUGCUCUUGUGAUGAAAAGACCGAAGCAUGCACCAGACGGAAAGCACGUUGUUGAUGUGGUCGUUGAUCCAAAUCUGACGAAGCAUCUAAGAGAACAUCAGCGUGCUGGCGUAGCGUUCUUAUACGAGUGCGUCAUGGGUAUGCGACCUUUCGUCGGCGAGGGUGCCAUCUUGGCAGAUGAGAUGGGUCUGGGAAAGACUUUACAAACCAUUGCUUUGAUCUGGACUCUGCUCAAGCAAAAUCCAAUCUACGAAGAUGGUCCUGUGAUCAAAAAAGCUUUGAUCGUGUGUCCCGUCACGCUCAUCAACAACUGGCGCAAAGAGUUUAAGAAAUGGUUGGGUAAUGAGAAAGUGGGCGUCAUGGUCGCUGAGAACAACAAAACCAGGCUCAGUGAUUUCACCAAGGGCAAAAGUUACAACAUUCUGAUCAUCGGGUACGAGAAGCUUCGCAACGUACAAGAAGAACUGCAGCAGGGGCUCGGCGUAGACAUCGUCAUCGCCGACGAAGGUCAUAGGCUCAAGACAGCCAACAACAAGUCAGCCGCGGCAAUCAAAUCUUUGAAUACUGAGAGAAGAAUCAUCCUGUCUGGUACACCCAUCCAGAACGAUCUCAGCGAAUUCUUCACCAUGGUCGAUUUUGUGAAUCCUGGAUUGCUGAAGACAUAUUCGUCCUUCAAGAAACAGUACGAGAUUCCCAUCCUCAAAAGCAGAACGCCAGGUGCAACCGCCAAGGACAUUGAAAAGGGUCAGGCUUGCAGUGAAGAGCUUGCAUCGAUUACUGGUCAAUUCAUUCUUCGACGAACUGCAGAGAUCUUGUCGAAAUACUUACCUCCAAAGACCGAGUACGUGGUGUACUGCCGUCCAACUCGAGUGCAGAAGGAUGUGUACGAGGCCGUCGUUAGUACUGGGGUCUUAAAUCAGGUACUCAAAAGUAACGAAGCAGCUUUCCAGAUGAUCAACAUCUUGAAGAAGCUCUGCAACAGUCCCUCGCUACUCAAGAACCCGUCAGAAGGUGAAGAGGGAACAGUCAAUUCGUUGCUAGCCAAAGUCCCUGCAUCAGACCUAAAGGCUGCAGGCGGUAGUAGCAAGCUAGGAGUUUUGGAUGACCUUCUUCACUGCGUUCAUACGAUGACGCAAGAGAAGGUCGUGGUGGUCUCCAACUACACGGCUACUCUGGACAUGAUUGGCAAAUUGCUGACUUCUCUUGAGUAUCCCUACCUUCGCCUCGAUGGCUCGACCCCUGCAAACCAGCGUCAAGGACUGGUCGAUAAGUUUAACCGUACUUCAGCCAAAAACUGUUUCGUUUUCCUACUUUCUGCGAAGGCCGGAGGUGUUGGCCUGAAUCUUAUCGGCGCCAGUCGCCUUGUCCUCUUUGACAUUGACUGGAACCCAGCGACAGACCUCCAAGCCAUGGGUCGUGUGCACCGUGAUGGUCAAAAACAUCCAGUUCACAUCUACCGCUUCUUGACCAAGGGAGCACUCGAGGAGAAGAUCUUCCAACGACAGCUCACGAAACAAGGAUUAGCUGAUUCGAUCGUGGAUAACAAGGCAAACGCCUCGAGUUUCACGCCCGAAGAAUUAAGAGAUCUGUUCACGCUGGACUCACGUGAGGGGUGCCAGACUCACGAUCUUCUUGGCUGCGAUUGCGCAUGUGAUGGCUCUAUCCCCAUCUCUGGCUCGUCUUCAUCGCCAACCACCGCCUCAGCUUCAGGAGCAGAAGAUGAGGAAGGUGACGAGGCAGAAGAUGAAGAGGAAGUCCCCGCUCUACCCUCCUUCCUCCGCUCCUCUCAAAUC